AGUUGGUCUAGUACUACACAAACAGUGCGUCAGGAUUUGUGUUUCAGUGUGAAUUUUCAUAGUUUUUCAAGAAAAUUAGAGACACCAGAUAAAAAAAAAGAAGAGAAGAAUGGGAAAGAACAAGAAACGACAGCGGCAGGAGAAAGUGCACAAAGUUGAGGCAAAAGAGUCUCAAAGUUGCAAGGAGUCGUCUAGUGAUGGAGCUCCAACGAUGACAGUUAAAAGUGGGACAAAGGUGGAGAAUGUCCUGAAGUUUUCCAGGAAAACCCUUGAGGAGGGAAAACACAGGAAAAUCUUCUGGACAGGAAAUGGGAAAGCAAUCACAAGAACCAUUUCCUGCGCUGAAACAUUAAAGAGACAUUUUCAGCUGCAUCAAGUCACAGAAAUCAGCCAAGAAAGUGCCCAAGAAGGAGCAGGAAAAGUCACCUAUAUCCCUAGCAUUCGCAUUCUACAAUCAUUGGACAAGAUCGAUCCAUCGACACCGGGAUAUCAAAAUCCUGAAAAAGGUUCGACGUUCUGGCUGAAUCCUCAGACAAAAGCUGAAAAAAGCUCAGAAACUUUGAGUUAUGGACAUUUUCCAAAGCGCAGAAAAAUUCAAGAAAAAAGCGAAGGAGAAGUCGAAUAAUUCGUCACUGUGCGGCAAGUAAAAAAAAUUACUAAAAUUUUUAAUUUUAAUUGAAAAGCAGAAAAUCUUGUCCUUCAUGAUACUUUUUAUUGACUUCAAAUUUUUCUUGGCAAAGGAAUGCAUAUUCCUUUUUUGUCUCUGAAGUCACAUAUCUACAACAUAACAAGUCUUCUAGAAUACACAUUCUUCCAUUUUCUUCAAAAUUGCCUCCUCAAACGCUACAAUAUACUUUGAAUAUUCGUCAUUUUUUUUGCUCUUAAAUGUGGUCAAAUUAUUAGACUUUUGUAGUAUACAAUAUAUUGUGAAUUAUUUGUCAUUUUUUCUCCAGCUUUAAAUAGAUUUAAGUCUCUAAAAAAUAAUUGAAAUGAAAAUGCAUUAUGGAGAAUAAUUUUUAUAUUCUUCGUUUUUGGAAUUUGAUUUUGCUUUUCGAAUAUUCUUGACCUCAACAAGCCCAUGCAAAUUUUUUGAGUAAAUUUUUUAAUCGCCUAAUUGUUACAAUUUUUUUUAUAAGUAAUAUUUUGUUUUAGUAAUUUUGCGUGAUAAAUAUGAAAUUUCCAAAACUUACAGUGGCCACCGUAAAAAUGUGAUAAUUUCUAAGAUAUUAUAUAAAAUCUGUAUUAAUCGGCUUUAUGAGAAAUUUUCGUCAAAAUACUAAAAAAAAAAAGCUUAGCCCAAAAGCUUAGUUUGGGACUAAAAUAUAUUGACCGUCUAAUUAUAGAAACAAAUAAGCCAAGAUAUUCUAUCUGACCGUAAAUAAUAGUGUCUUGAAUUGUGAAAAUUUUAGCAUUUAGAUUUCCUUUUUCAUCGUUUCUCUGCAAUUUUUGGCUAAUGAAUUGUUUACCGCCCAAUUUUGAGAUAAUAAGGAAAUGUAAGUCCGAUUCUAAGCUCUACUAUGAAAAUGACAACCAUUUGGCCCGCCAUAUAUACGUCAAUCUUAAUGAGACUUGCACAGAAUUUCAAAGUUUUCACACUCUCAACUUUUUUUUAUUAUGAAAGUAAUAUUUUUUUUUGCCUAAAACUAUUUAGAAAUGUGUUUGGUUAAAAAUUAGUUUAUUAUUUCAGGUUGAUUUUUUUCAUAGAUAUUUAGAACUAAUUUGACUUUUUAAGAAUCUUCUUUCGAGUAACAUUAUCAACAAAAUAAUGCUAAACAAACAUUUGUAAUUUUCAUUUUUAAGUAUUUAUGGACAAAUUAAAAUAACUUCUUUUUGGAAGUGAAUUCCAACAAGAAUAUUUUUUGAUUUAAUAAAACAAAAAGGGAUAAAUCAAAUUUCAUGAACUGUAAUUACAUUGUCAUAGAGAUAACUCACAAGAGAAGAAAUUUUUUUGUGAUUUCUGUUUCCAGAAACAUUGGAAAACUUGUGUUUUUUCAUUGUUUUUGCUUCAGACUAGAUAGAAAUUUCAUGUUCACUAUUUUAGCCAUGUUUUUACAAUUCUUUGAUGCGUUUGUGCGUUUUUAGAAAUGUUUUCGUGCUUCUUUGGUGAAGAAGCACGAAAGCAUUUCCUAGAUAUGCUUUUGCAUCCCUUCAAAUAUUUAUUUUACUCGUUUAUAGAAUCUGUUCAGUGUUUCUAAAAACAUUUUCUUGUUUAUUUAAUGUAAUUCUACGUUUCUAAAAUUUCUUCUUCGCACAUAGCAACGUUUAUCUAUGUAGUAACGUCACUCCAAUUUGUUUUUAAAGAUUGUUUUACGAGAAUUACAAGGACUUUGUGAAUAUCUUGCGAAAAAAUUGACAAAAGGAAUAAACAUCAAUUUUACCGGAAUGAAAUACCUCUUAAAUUAUUACUCAUUAAUUUUGUGUAGUUCUUUCUGAUUGAAUGAUUUUUUUAAACUAGUGAUGAAUUCCAUUUUUUAAUUAAAAAAUAUUUGCAAGAAUUAUUUUCAAUCAUAUCCUUUUUUAUAUAAGAAUUCCGAAUUUUAAUGAUUUUUACGGUCACCACUGUAAAAGGAUAAAUUUAUCCUUUUCGCUAGAACUGAUAAGCCUCCCAAAUUCGUCUGAUAUUGCGAAUGUUGAGGAAAAUGUUCCAUAUAAAAAUGUUGGUAUUUUCUUGAGUAAUUUUCUUUAUAGUUUAUUGUAUUUUAUAAAUUACAAUCUACAGGUAAUAAAAUCAAACUAGAAAAAAGA